GGCCAGUGGGCAGUGCUUUGUGACUGGAGGGCAUGUUUUCUCCCUGGUUGCUGGAGAGGGCCCGGCAGCAGGUGGCAGGGCUCCAGAAGCUGGGUCAUGAAUGAACACUGCGCUCUCAGGCGGCUUGCAGGGGAAAAGGGCAGAAUGUGACAGACCCGUGCUGGGAGCCCUCCACAUGCCGGGUUUCCAUCUCCGCUGUCGCUGUGUUACAGCCUGGGCUGGCUCCCCCUGGAGUCACUGGACACACUCGGACAUCACCUGUCAGGCAGGGUACACCUCUGUGGAGACCACCAGAUCUCUCCCCAGCCUCCCAUUGGUUUGUGAUGCAGUUCCUCAGGAAGGAAAGACAGCCUUGCCCAGGUCAGAGGGUAGAAACCAAAUCAUUGUUCCCUGGCUACAGGAAGUUCAUCUUCUCCAACAGCCAGGGAACAGGAAGGGAGUGAAGAGGUAGGCAGAUAAGAUCCGAGAGGCCUGUGAACACAUCCACACCCACACACCAUGGAGGCCAGCCUCCCCGACGCCCUUCUGUGGCCAGGGAGGGUACGUGGCUGAGGCCCUGGGACACUAGUGUAGAGUGCCCCGAGGGGAACUGACUGGACUUAAGGUCCCCAUGGCCAGAACGGAGCACAGGCCGUGGUUCUGGGGCCUUGCCUGCUGCUCCCGGCUGUCAUUAGGUCACAGCCAGCUGCUCCUCCCCAAGCCACAGCCUACACCUUAAGGUGGGAGGGGACACUCUCAGGGUGGCCACAGGGACAUUCCUAGGGCAGAGAAGACGGGACGCAGGCUCCAGUGACAGUCAGACCCACGCCCCUGAUGUGAAAGCCGCAGCCCACACAGCCACUCUGCUCUUGGGACCUCCCGGUUACACCUGCUGAGGAGGCACCUGGGAGCAGCAGCAGAGCGAGCAGAAAGACAGCACUCUCAGAGAAGAUAAGUGAAAGCCAGUAUAUUCUGGCUUUUUUCCCCAUCUGAAAUACAAGUUCUGACGAGUAAGAACAUUUCCAACAGCAGGUACCCCUAGCUUCUGGAUGAAGCUUAUCAGCUGUUCGGCAUCCACAAGCUGGCCAGAAACACCCCUCUACAAUGCAUCCAGGCUGGACAGAUAGUACUGUGCAGCUCUCAGACCUAGGGGCCAGGCCAUGGCAGGUAGCAUGUGAACACAGAGUGAAUUCUACCCAGACACGGCUCCGCAUGAUGCUUUUCCGGGAGCCCAGAUGCUCGCCCAGCAUAGCCCCGAGCCCUACCUCCUGCUCCACUUCUCUUAGCGGGCUAUUAGCAGUCUGGGCAGCUGCUAUGCCCACCAGGCUGCAUGGGGGCACAGUGGGACAAGCAGCCCUGCCAGGAACAGCACUCUGGAGCCAAGUAGUAGCUCCCAUCUGCUCUUGUGGCCCCCAACAGGUCACAUGCGCACACAUCUGGAAGUGCACGUGCGGGAGGCUUCGGACCCCCUACCCCAGCUCUAAUGUUUUCAAUUCUAAGCCUGCCCUGUGCCACUGCUGUGCCUUCAAAGAGCCUUGUGUGUCCCCGGGCCUGCAGUGAAAGCAGCCAGCAUCUCUAUGGCACAGUCUCAGUGAGGUCCAACUAUUCUGUCCUUAGUUCUGCAGACAAACGUCUGUUCAGUUCAUUUCCUCAGGGGAAAAGGGAACUCAGGACUGAACUAAACUGCUCUGGGUCUCAGGACCUGAGCUGCCUGGACCCAACCUGCAGGCCCUGCCCAGGGGCUGGAUGCUCUGCGGGACAGACGCAGGCAGAGACCCCAAGCACAGAGCAGAGAGGAUGUGAGCACACUCGAUCUGGAGGGCAGACAGACUGUCCAAGUGCCGCCUCCCCUCUCGAAACCAGCUGUAAACACAGAUAGGGAGGGGCCUCCAUGCCUGCCAAGGGAGGCAGUGACUUUGUGAGUAAUUGACGCAAGGAAAACAAGCACGGCAGGAGAGUGUGCGGUGCUCACGCGCAGCGCUGGCUGCCGCAGAGUGGCCGCGAGUCCCGAGACACGAGCCCUGGCUCUGCCAUGCUGCCCGCUGCUGGCCUCUGGAGCCCACAGUACAAAGGAAGGAGGGUCUUGUGAUAAAGCAGAGCUGCGAAGCUGGGGUGAGCUGCCAUGUGGAGCUGUGGUCCACUCAACAGCACCGCGUGGGGUGAGGAGCCGCUGUGCCGGAACCUGCGCCUGGGGCUGUGGGUCCUCUCACUGCUCUACCUGGGGGCAGGUGUCCCCGUGGGCUUGGGCUACAAUGCCCUGCUGGUGCUGGCCAACCUGACCAGUAAGCACAGCAUGACCAUGCCAGACGUGUACUUCGUGAACAUGGCCGUGGCGGGGCUGGUGCUCACGGCGCUGGCCCCUGCCUACCUGCUGGGCCCCGCCCACUCCAGGUGGGCCCUGUGGAGCCUCAGCAGCGAGGCCCACGUGACGCUGCUCAUCCUGUUCAACGUGGCCUCCCUGGUGACCAUGUACUCUACAGCACUGCUGAGCCUUGACUACUACAUCGAGCGCGCCCUGCCACGCACCUACAUGGCCAGUGUGUACAACACCCGGCACGUGUGCGGCUUCGUCUGGGGAGGGGCGGUGCUCACCAGCUUCUCCUCCCUGCUCUUCUACAUCUGCAGCCACGUGUCUUCUCGCAUUGCCGAGUGUGCCCGGAUGCAGAACACAGAGGCUGCUGACGCUAUCCUGGUGCUCAUCGGCUAUGUGGUGCCAGGUCUGGCCGUGUUGUACGCGCUGGCGCUCAUCUCAAGGAUCGGGAAGGAAGACACGCCCCUGGACCAGGACACCAGCAGGCUGGACCCCUCGGUGCACAGGCUGCUGGUGGCCACCGUGUGCACACAGUUUGGGCUCUGGACACCUUACUACCUGAGCCUGGGGCACACGGUGUUGGCCUCACGGGGGAGGACCGUAGAGGGGCAUUAUCUGGGCAUCCUGCAGGUUGCUAAGGACUUGGCCAAGUUCUUGGCCUUCUCAAGCAGCUCCGUGACGCCACUGCUCUACCGCUACAUCAACAAAGCCUUCCCCGGCAAGCUGCGCCGGCUGGUGAAGAAGAUGCACUGUGGGCGCCGGCACUGCUCCCCCGACCCUGCGGGGGUACAGCAGGUGAUGGCGCAGGCGUAGCUAACCCCGCCCUGGCCUGCAGUCCCGGGAGAGGACCCGGCCAUGAGGAACACUAAAAUUCAACUGGAUGCAUAGCACUUUGUCCCCCUAGCACAUGGCGCUCCCACCCCGGGAGACAUGCUGAAUCCGGAACACACAGGGGCGUUUCUCUGGACAUUUUCCGUGUUUUCCCCUAGAAGGCCAAUCUUGGUCUGAAGCCGCACUGUGGAAAGCGACGGUGCCUUGUGCGAACGGGCUGCUUCUAACUAACCUCCCCACCUUCCCCUCAAGGUGUGUGCCUUUCUCCCAGGGACAUCUUCAAGGUCCGUGUCCUCAGAAGCAGGCUGACCUUCGACCUCCCUGGCAUUUGGGCUUUCUAAAUGAAGUGAUGAAAUCUAAAGCCAGUAUUUAUACUUCGUAUUGACACAAUACUUGAUUCUCCUCUCUCUUUUUUUAAAUAAAAAGAAGUGUUAGAAAAAUACCUAGUAUCGAGGUGAAGACAAGGGGACAUGGUUGUCACUGAGACCACCGUUCCAGCCUGAGGGCAGGACAGCGACAGCACUGGCCCUCUCCCCAGCCACCGACACCUGGCUACCUCUCUCCUCCUGAGAAAUGAUCUUAGUGUAGGGUUGUCCUUCCAGUGCCUCACCACCAUAAAUGGAAGAAAUUCCUCUCUUAGUGUACAAACUGGAAGACCCCAGGGAGAGAUCUGGAUGGGGUAAAGUGUUAGCCAGGCAGGGAAGGGAGAGGCAGGAUGGUAUGAGGCCCGGUGCCCAGGAUGACCAGGGACUGGCAUCGGGGUAAGGACCCUGCCUGGCCGGUUUCACACAGCUGUGGGGUGGUACAGGAUGAGGCUCGCCUUCCACAGGUGUCUGGGUCCAGGCCUCACCCACGUGCCUCUGGGGCCCUGUGUUUGGUAAUUAACUAACAUGUGGGCAUGAAAAGAAUUCCUACCACCCCCAUUUCAUCACGGUCACCACCCCAUUCUCUAGGGUCACACUGCAAGCCCACAACUCCCUGCUCCCCAUUUCUAAAGAUCUCUCCCAAAUGAUCAUCUAAUCUGCCUGUCUCUGCAGAAGGCUGGGAUGAUCCAUAUUCAGUGGCCUUCCUACAUGGCCCUAAGGCUGUCCUGGCUGCUAGGGAACUUCAGCUAUGAAUAACUUUAGUUUUAUCUAGUCUAUGCAAACUACAUCAUCUCCUCCGAUGGUGACUGCCCGAGUUAAUCUGCCUUAAGGAGAAUUAGGGAGGCGCAUGAGGUCCUCAGCCCGAGCUGUGAUCCACUGGGCACGCUCUGUGGGGCCCAGUUCCUCAUGAAUAAACCAGGGGCUGGAUUAGACAACAGUCUUCAGAACUGUUUCUGGCUGCAGAGUUUUGUUUUGAGGUUUUUAAAAUGGCAAGCCUAACUUUCCCCGUCCUUCCUCCCAGAUGAAUGGAGCUGAAUGGGGACUCCGAGGCUCUAGGGCUGCCAGGCUUCCCAUCCCAGUGGCCACAGUGACCACCUUAAUGCUUACUGAGGAAACCAGAACUCUCACCAUGAAGUCUCCUAUGGGUGAGAGCAAGCCCAGCGGCCAAGGUCAGGGCAAGCAAAGGGCAGCCUAAGCUUUGUGGGUCAUAGGGGAAACAGGAUCCAGAUGGGCGGGGCUGUUUGCAAUGUCCUGUCCCAGUUGAGAGUAGUCAUUGCCCUUGCUGACCAUUUUAUACCCUUUGCUCCAGGCAGAGGUCUUGGGAGGGGCAGACCCCAGGUCUAGGAAGGGCUCUGUGUCCUGGAAUCCUCCACCCCAGCCAUCCCCAAGCAAGGUGGGCAGAGGCCCAAAUGUUCCUUUGUUGCAUUUUCUCAGUGACCUUAGGUACAAACUGGCCAGGUUCUAGGGGACCCUUGAGGGACUGGAAGCCAGGACCCUGUGGCUGGCAUCAACUUUAUAGCCACUUGUCCUUCAGGGAUAGCCCAGUGGACACCCAGCUGUCUGCUUGGGUCUUCCUGGUGGAGCCACACAUGGCCAGAGCAGUGGCCAUCAGCAGUGCAGACCCCUUCCCUGUAGAGACCCCCUGGAAUGACCCACCCAGGACCUGGUUCUCACCACCUGCCUCCUCCUCGCCCCAGCCUCCGCCACAACCGUCCAAGCACCGCAGUCACGGGUGCUCUGACAUCUGCUGCCUGUGAUUCUGUGCUAAGUUCCUCCUGGGAGUCCCCGGUGUCUGCUUCCCAAAGCUGCCAUGCACCUCCCAACGCGGGAAAGAACCUUAACCACACAGAGAAGAGGUUACUGCAGCGAUGGGUGUGCGUGCGUGCGUGCGUGCGUGCGUGCGUGCGAGAGUGUGCUUGUGUGGUGCUUUCUUGCAUGAGUUUAAGAUGCCAGGCAGGACACACAUUUCCCCAAGGAUUGUUAAUUUGGCUGUCAACACUUCCUGAUGGUUAGAAUUUACGAUGAAUGCUCUUAUUUUCAUUAACUCACAAGAAAGCUUGCUGUGUUGUCGUUACUUGGGAUUCCAGAAAGUGACCUUUAUCUUGGGUUUCCUUCACAAUGUCACAUGACAUGAUGGAGGAAACCAGAGCCAGCGCUCUCUGGGGCAGACAUUCCCAGGGACCAACAGACACCUGUUCUGUUAGGGAAAGCGUUCGGCAAAGCCCGGACCAGGGAGAAGGUGUGACGCCAGACUGCUUGUCUGGUUCUUGGGAAGACGGGGGCGUUCUCAUUCCUGACCUACGGGAUCCACCCCAGUGGCUGGAUCCAUUUGCCGAAAUUCUGUGAAUGUGAAAAAGACACUACUGAUGAGAUCCACACGUCUGAAUACUAUUAAAUUAUUUAACACUCAUCA